CCACCAUGGCGAACGGAGACCGGAAGCGCGACGCGGCAAUGACGACUCCACGGCGGCGAAAUAGGUUCCGAUUGGAGUAUGCCGCGUUCCUAGUGGGAAUCGUGAUGGUAUUUCAGUGGUGGAAGGCGACGCAAUCAGGUUCAGCCCCUGUGGUCAAGACCUCUGUCCAGCCUGUCGUGAUGUACACCCUCCAGAGCGACCCGAACGUCCACGUGAUGGGCACAUUUCCUCAUGACAAGGCAGCAUUUACCCAAGGGCUCCUGGUAGAAUCAACGGGUAUUCUCAUCGAGUCAACCGGUUUGUACCACCGAUCGUCGGUGCGACGGGUGAACGUCUCGAAUGGCAUUGCAAGCCAUCACGUGGUGCCGUUCACAGCGGCUGAAUUUGGCGAAGGCAUCACAUGGAACGCUGCCACCGAGACGUAUAUCGUGCUCACGUGGAAGGAAAAGACAGGCUACGUGUUAGAUAAGACCGACUUCCACGUCCUCUCAUCAUUUGAACUGCCACCGACGACCCGCAACGAAGGAUGGGGCAUCACAACCAUCACCGAGACGCACGAGCUCGUCAUGAGCGACGGGUCGAACGUACUACACGUGUGGGACCCUAUCUCGCUCACGGAGACCCGUCGGGUGUCGGUGCUCAACGCCGCCGGGCAGCCUGUGCCCAACUUGAACGAGCUCGAGUACGCGCGGGGCUUUGUCUUUGCCAACAUUUGGUAUUCGAACCUCGUGGCCCAAAUCGAUCCGGCGACGGGUGCGGUCGUCGCCAUGCACGACCUGUCGUCGUUGAGCCUACAGAAAAACACCGACGGGGACGUGCUCAACGGGAUCGCAUACGACCCGACCACCGACCUGUUUUACGUGACGGGGAAGCUCUGGGACACCAUGUACCUCGUUCGCAUUGGGGUGAACCCGUCCACUUAAUGGAGGACUCUCUACGUGAUGCAUGAAACGGAAGCGAGUCCAGUUGCUCACCGUGGCCUUGAAA